UAUUGGGGUACGGAUCGCAUUUGAUUGCAAACAAUGAUUAGAUACAGAUAUCUAAUUACUAGACGCUUUCGCUUAAUUUAAACACAACAAACAUGGGGAAGAAGCAUAAAAAGCACAAGCCGGAGUGGAGAACAGUUGAUGACUGUGAGGACAAGCCUUUUGAGAAGCCGCUGAAGCUGGUGCUGAAAGUGGGAGGAAGUGAGAUCACAGAACUCUCAGGCUCCGGCCAUGACUCUAGUUACUACGACGACAGGUCAGACCAUGAACGAGAGCGCCACAAGGACAAAAAGAAGAAGAAGAAGAAAAAGUCUGAGAAGGAGAAAGACAAACAUGUAGAUGAUGAGGAGAGGAGAAGACGGAAAGAAGAGAAGAGGAAGAAGAGAGAGCGGGAUCUGAAUGAAUCAGAGGCUGCUACUGCCUCUGCCAGUGGUGUCGGCCUGCCCAGUGUGGUGCCCAGUCACACUGGUGUGGCAGUCCAGCCUUUCAUGCUGCCAAAGAUACCAAACAUUGGUAUUAGUUUUGAGCAGCAGGAGGAGAAGAAGAGGAAGAGGUUUGAGAUGGAGCCGGAGCCGGAGAUGAUGGACCAGUUUCACCCCAACAUCAAGACAGAGGUGGAGCAGCAAGGAGACCGGCCUAUCAGGGCUUGCAGGACAGUCCCGGAGAGUGAGUGCACCCCUCGGCAGCAGCUCCUGGAACACUUCCUGCGCCAGCUUCAGAGGAAGGAUGCCCAUGGGUUUUUCACUUUCCCAGUGACAGACGCCAUCGCUCCGGGUUACUCUGUGAUAAUCAAACACCCCAUGGACUUCAGCACCAUGAACGACAAGAUCACAGACAACGAGUACAAAACCGUCACAGAGUUCAAGGCAGACUUCAAGCUGAUGUGUGAUAAUGCCAUGGUGUAUAACCGGCCAGAGACAGUUUACUACAAGGCUGCCAAGAAACUGCUGCACACCGGCUUCAAGAUGAUGAGCAAAGAGCGGCUGUUAGCUCUGAAGCGCAGCAUGUCUUUCAUGCAGGACAUGGAUUUCUCUCAGCAGGCGGCCAUUUUGGGGGACGAGGACGUGGCGUCCGAGGAGCCCCCGCCGGAGGUCGUCCCCGUGCCCGUGGAGUCGGCGUCGGCCAAGAAAUCCAAGAAACAGCCCAAAGACAUCAAAGAUCUGAAGGAAGUCAUCAGCAGUUACCUGUAUGAGCCAGAGGGGAACGCCUGCAGCCUGACCGACAGCACAGCGGAGGAACACGUUCUGGCCCUGGUGGAGCACGCUGCAGAUGAAGCACACGACCGAAUCAACCGAUACAUGCCCAACUCCAAGAUGGGUUACCUGAGGAAAGAGCCUGAUGGCAAUCUGUUGUACACUGUAGUGAAUCAGCUGAAUCCAGAAGCAGAAGAGGAGGAGACCCACCCUGUGGACCUGAGCUCUCUGUCCAAUAAGCUCCUACCUGGAUUAACAACACUGGGCUUCAAAGAUGACAGGAGACACAAGGUGACGUUCCUGAGCAGUACCUAUAACACCCAGACCCUGCAGAACAACUCCAUCUACCCAGACCUGCUGCCUGAUGAGAUGGACAUGCUCUACUCAGCCUACGGGGACGAGACUGGGGUGCAGUGUGCUCUCAGUAUUCAGGAGUUUGUUAAAGGUUGUGGGAACGUUACUAAGCGUUUGGUUGACGGGCUCCUGGAUAAAAUGACUGCAGGGGAUCACUCCAAGGCUGUCUUCCAGAUCAGACAGAAAAGAAACAUGACGUUACCUGACGAAACCAAGAGCAACAUUUACGAUAUGCAUGUGGCUGAUGGGACAGGUCUGGGAGAGGGCAGCUCAGUGCUGGACUUCAUGUCCAUGAAGAGCUACUCUGACAUGUCUCUGGAGAUGUCCAUGCUCAACUCUUUAGGGAAGUCCGUGAAGAAGGAGCCGGAGCAUGAGGACGGGGUCAGCCAGCAGCACUUUGAGGAGGCAGCCAAGCUGCUGCAGGAGUUCCAGGAGGGCCAGGUGGAAAGGGGAGGCUCCAGACCCUCCUCUAACCUCUCCUCCCUGUCAGGGACCUCAGACAGGGACCAGCACCACCUGGGGAGUCCAUCACACCUGGGUGUUGGUGACCGGUCUGAGAUGGUUCAUGACCCAUAUGAGUUCCUCCAGUCUCCAGAGCCAGGCUCCACAGCCAACAGCUGACCUAUGAGUUCCUCCAGUCUCCAGGGCCAACAGCUGACCUAUGAGUUCCUCCAGUCUCCAGGGCCAACAGCUGACCUAUGAGUUCCUCCAGUCUCCAGGGCCAGGCUCCACAGCCAACAGCUGACCCACACACUGUCAAGUUGCCUCUAACUAGGGUUGUCACAAUAACAGUAUCACCAUACUAUGAUACUCAACUUUCCAAGGCAAAAAAGGAAACAUGAAACCGACUUAACUCUUUAAAAACCUGCUUUAUCUAAAAUAUUGUUUUCUGUAGCUUGAAAAAAAACAAGCAAAUGUGUCUCUGGGUGACAUCACAAUGCUGCCUGUUUGUGUCCAACAUUAGGACUUCUGAGUAUAGCGAUACUGCUAGAGACACUACUAGGGAGUUGGUAGAAGAUGACUCUAACCGCUGGUCUGGGGUCAGAUAAUGUUUGAUCGUCAUAAUGGUUAAGGUUAGGGUCUGGGGUUUGGUAAUCUGAUCCUAGAAAUGUGGCUUGGAGAAAACUUCUACCUGGAGCUGAUCUGAAGCCCUGUUUUUAACCACCCUGGUUGUUUUGUUGUCUGACUCUGUGCUCUCAACACACCGGGAAUAAUGAGAACGAACCUCAGACAUGUUGUGAAAGCUCAUCAUGAUUGUACAGAUUAUUUGUAUGUGUGCUAUACUUAGGAGAAUAAAGUCGCCACAGGUUGUGUUUUUA